AUGUCUGUUGCUUUCUUGUGGGUUGCUUGUCCUAUAUCGGACUUCUCGAACGGCGGAGCAAAUCUUGAGCCCGUCCGGGAAGGAAACCGGGCUUUUCUCGGGACGAAAACCUUGGCCUGCCAUGGCAGGCCAAGCAAGGCCCUGCAGAGGAAAAAUAGAAAUUAUUUUAGUACCACAAAUGUUGAUUUGAGGUGCUCUAGCUUGGGAAGCUCGAGUUUCGAUAAAGAAAGCAGAUUAUCUCCACUUUCUGCUGUGGCGAGCUCGGCUGCCGAGAUCACCUUAACAUCCGAGCAAAAGGUUUAUGAUGUGGUCUUAAGGCAGGCAGCUUUGGUUAAGAGGCAGUUGAAGUCGAAGGAGGAUGUGGAGGUGAAGCCAGAUAUUGUUCUUCCAGGAGCUCUUGGCUUGUUGAGUGAAGCUUAUGAUCGUUGUGGCGAAGUCUGUGCAGAGUAUGCUAAGACGUUUUAUCUCGGGACUAUGCUGAUGACCCCCGAGAGAAGAAAAGCCAUAUGGGCAAUAUAUGUGUGGUGUAGGAGAACGGACGAGCUUGUUGAUGGGCCGAAUGCAUCCCAUAUAACCCCAACAGCCCUCGACAGGUGGGAGGCUCGGCUCGAGGAUAUUUUCAAAGGGCGCCCUUUUGAUAUGUUCGAUGCUGCUUUAUCUGACACUGUUACCAAGUUCCCUGUUGACAUUCAGCCGUUUAAGGAUAUGAUUGAAGGCAUGAGGAUGGACCUUCGGAAAUCGAGAUACAUUAACUUUGACGAGCUUUAUCUGUACUGUUACUAUGUGGCCGGAACUGUGGGGCUAAUGAGUGUGCCAAUUAUGGGCAUAGCACCCGAGUCUCAAGCUACGACCGAGAGUGUGUAUAGUGCUGCUUUGGCUUUGGGGCUCGCGAAUCAGUUGACCAAUAUUCUCAGAGAUGUUGGGGAAGAUGCAAGGCGAGGGAGAAUUUAUCUUCCUCAAGAUGAACUGGCACAGGCGGGGAUAACCGAGGACGAUAUAUUUGCUGGGAAAGUGACCGAUAAAUGGAGACAUUUCAUGAAAAAGCAAAUCCAAAGGGCAAGGAAAUUCUUUGAUGAUGCUGAGAGUGGGGUCACUGAACUGAAUUCAGCUAGCAGAUGGCCUGUGUGGGCGUCGCUACUUUUGUAUCGACAAAUAUUGGAUGAGAUAGAAGCAAACGACUAUGAUAAUUUCACGAGGAGGGCCUUUGAAAACCCAUCGGAAUUCCAAGGAAACUUGAGAAAGCUUGCGAGGAGAAGUAACAAGGAAUUUACUGAGAUGGGACAUUAUGCAAUUAAUAAUGCGCAUUUUGUGAGGAAAAUUGCUACUUUGUAA